AUGGAAUUAAGCCGGAGGAACAGGUCAUUGCUUUCAGUGUUCCUGAAUUUACUGGCCCUCAGUUUCUCGGUGGCAGCGUUUUUUACCAGCUACUGGUGUGAAGGGACACACAAGGUGGUGAAACCCCCCUGUCUGUCUGCAGUGAAGAGUAAGAACUGUCAGUCGCUCUCCUUAAACAGCACCAGCACUAACAGUGAUACAACUGAAACAAAUGGCACUCUGGACCAGAACUUAGUGCACUACAACUGGGAGACAGGUGAUGACAAAUUUGCCUUCAAGUAUUUCCACACUGGAUUCUGGCUCUCCUGUGAGAAACACCAAGGAGGUGAGAUGGAAAUUCCUGGCCUGGGUGAAGCUUGUCGCAGUUUCAUUGAACUAUCACCGGAAUCUGAAAAAGGUGUCCUGUGGUUGUCUGUAAUCUCAGAGUUCCUCUAUAUUAUCCUGCUAUCUCUUGGAUUCCUUCUCAUGUGUUUGGAAUUUUUUUCUUCAAGUAAUUUCAUUGAUGGCUUGAAGAUUAAUGCAUUUGCUGCCAUCAUUACAGUACUUUCAGGACUCCUGGGCAUGGUUGCGCACAUGAUGUAUAUGACCGUUUUCCAGGUUACUGUCAACCUUGGUCCAAAGGACUGGAGACCUCAGACGUGGUAUUACGGAUGGUCAUUUGGGCUGGCUUGGCUCUCCUUCACACUCUGCAUGUCCGUGUCCGUGCUAACUCUCAACACAUAUACCAAAACAAUCUUGGAGUUCAAAUAUCGCAGACGAAUCUUUGAAAAGAAUGUAAGAGAAUGCAAUCCAUUUUUGGACACGGAAAUGGUGCGUUUCCUUUGGGAGAAAUACAUAUUCUCUGUAAGCGGCUCACUGGACGACCCAUUUAACUGGCAGAAAGGAUUUAAAAGCCCAAUCUUUGUGGACAUUGGCAGUAUUACUGAUCUGCCUGGGGCUGUUAAGAAUGAAGACAGGAGGGUAGAUUUAGAAGAUGAUGGCGACCAAUGUUAGAACAUAUGGCCCAUUGUUUCAAAAUUAUAGUUUAAAAUAAAAAUUGAAAUAAAGUUCUGUUCAACAAAUGAGUCUAAACGUACAUGAAACAAUGCAGAUAGCUUUACAUUUUAUUGUUUCAUGCAGUAUAUUCUGCAAAUAAUUAUCUUAUGUACACUUACACCAGUAAGAGAGGCACUCAUCAGGAUGUUUAUAGCCCACAACUUUAUUGGAAUGUUUCAGGGUCCUACCCAGUCUUCAGUCACUCAUCUAUACUAUAAUUGCGUUUGUAAUGUCUGUCGCCGUUGGCAGUUGUACACGCAUCCUCAAAGGAAUGUUGGUAAUGCGAGGCAGCCAGCAGAAUGUUGACUGCGCGCGCAGCCAAAAGAAUUCACUUGGAUGCAGUGAAGCUGCAUCCAGGUGGAUUCCGAAAAUGGCAGGGUGGCGAAAGAAUCCACUGAAGCCAUUUUCGGAAUCCACCGGGAUGCAGCAAAGGCAAACGGAGCAUUACAAAAAAAAAACUGCCCGCAAUAAGUAUGAAAAAAACACCUAACCGCACACAAUAAGUAUUAAAA